CUGAGCCUAGUAGAUAUCCCAGAGUUCAGCGCGGCGCCAGCCCUUCCGCCACAGUCGCCAUUGUAGAGGAGCAGCAGCCAUGGCUCUUCGGUAUCCUAUGGCCGUGGGCCUCAACAAGGGCCACAAGGUAACCAAGAACGUGAGCAAGCCCAGGCACAGCCGCCGCCGCGGGCGUCUGACCAAACACACCAAGUUCGUGCGGGACAUGAUCCGGGAGGUGUGUGGCUUUGCCCCAUACGAGCGGCGUGCCAUGGAGUUGCUGAAGGUCUCCAAGGACAAACGGGCCCUCAAGUUCAUCAAGAAAAGGGUGGGGACACACAUCCGGGCCAAGAGGAAGCGGGAGGAGCUGAGCAACGUCCUGGCUGCCAUGCGGAAAGCUGCUGCCAAGAAAGACUAAGCCCGUCCCCUGCUGUCUCCUGAAAUAAACAGCUGCGCCCAAGCCCUGGCUCUGUUGCUGUCCUGGGGUAGGGGAGGUCCUUUAAGCAUCUGUUUGGUGCCCAAGCCCUGGCCCACCCUUCCUGGGGCAGCAGGCAAGGAGGCCCCAUACUGGAAAUUACUUUAAUGAUUAAAUAGUUCCUAUGCCACACUGA